ACACUAAUAAGUUUUCCAGGCGAACUCUGUCGCAAUUUGCUUCGCGCGCUUAUAGCAGUGUCUAAUUCGCGGAGUUCAACCGAGCCCGAUCUGGAAAAUCUCCAUCUUGACCAAGAUUCACCAUGAAGAACAAGUAUCUGUUUGUAUUCGCGCAAGUCCAUGAGGAAUUUAGAAUCCCAGAAUUGCUUUCCAUCGCAGAACUGUACAACAUCAACAUUGGCCUGCCGGAGGAUGUGGAUACUUCGAGGCCAUUCAUGGUCAUCGAACUUGAUAGUGAAGAAGACGCGCACACUCUUGCUCAACGCUGCAUCCUCAUUAAAUGGGUCUGCGAUUUUUACGCUAGGGGAAAGACUUAUGCCGAGGUCCAUGAACAGACCCGGGCUAACUCCUCAAAGUAUUCACAAUACAUAGAGAAUACGUCCUUCAAAUUUAUCGUCACGGCAUACAACCAUAGUAUUUCGCAGAGGCGACAGCGAGAAGUCGUUGAAAGCUUCUCGUAUAUGGCCCUCCUCGGAAAGAUCGAUAUGAAGAAUCCUGACAUUACCUUUAUGUGUUUCGAAGAGUAUGCUGAUAAACGCGGUACAACGCGUGAGAAGCUUGAAGGAGAUGGUGCUUUUAGAGAAGUCUUCUUCGGGAGGUUGAUAACGGAAGGCACUGCGAGACCUCUUGUCAAGACCUUCGACGUGAAGAAACGUUCAUACUUCGGUAAUACUUCCAUGGAGGCGGAAAUCUCGUUACUAAUGGCUAACCAAACUCUGGCUGCCCCAGGAAAACUGAUAUAUGACCCUUUCGUUGGCACUGGAAGUCUUGCCUAUGUUACAGCACAUUUCGGUGCAUGGUUGUAUGGCUCAGACAUCGAUGGCAGACAGAUGCGUGGGAAAGAAAAUGUUCCCGGCAUCAGAAGAGCUGCAGCUCAGUAUGGGGUUGCAGACCGUAUCCUCGAUCUUUGUACAUUCGACGUCACACAGAACCCGUGGCGAUGCGGAGACCUAUUCGAUGCUAUCAUUACAGAUCCGCCUUAUGGGGUGAGAGCAGGCGCGAAGCGAUUAGGUCGGAAGAAACCCACCAAGAAGGGCAUCGUAGAGCGUACGGGAUUAACACUGAGACCUGAUGACCAGCCAUAUAUUCCACCAACAAAGCCGUAUGAGUUAUCAGCACUUGCAACAGACCUCAUCCUACUUGCGCGGCACAUGCUGAAAACAGGAGGACGACUUGUGUUUUUCCUGCCUACCGUCACAGACGAGUACGAAGAGGUUGAUGUUCAAACAAUGUUGUGCGAUGGCAUGGACGUCAUUGCCAACUCGUUACAGGACUUCGGGUCGUGGGGACGUAGACUUAUUACCAUCCGUAAGACUUCAGACAAGUCCUAUCCUCGGCCGACGUUUGAGCCUGUCGUGAAUCAGUCAGAUGGAAACACUCCUGAAGUAGAGCAUAUACCGGCUCAUCGCGAUUUCAGGGAGAAGUACUUCAGAGGCUUCAAAAAAGACGAGGAUCGGACAACACCAUUGGAACAGCAAUAGUAAUGACAGGUAGUCGCAAGCUGUAGCAAUACGUAGAAUCAUCUAAGCUGGAGAGGGAAACCACAAGGGUUGAUGCAUGAUGGAGAAAGCAAAAUUACUGCUCAGCAGUGGAUAUCAGGAUAUAUGAAAGCAGUGGCAAGAAGCGGGUAUGUACAGAUAGGCUAACGCGCUGUUGUUGAAUAUCGUCAGGGGUAUACUCAGCGGUGAUUUGUACUGUCAAUGAAGCGGGCCGUGGCUGCAACACGGAAGUUCAAAGGCACGACAGUAUGCCUGCAAGGUUUGGUUCUUCGGUAAGUAUGGUACGUGUACACAAUGGUAUUUCUGGCUUACUCA